AAGGUUGUUUAUAGAAGACGGGUCUUAUCUUCGCGGGGUAAAAUGACAAGCAAUCUAGAGAUAUUUUGACUUGUCUGUCAUACGUAAUGAUUUCUAUAAAAUACAUUUCGAGUAACUUCURUCCUAAUUCCUUCGGUCAGUGGAGCUAAGCAAAACUUAACUAGCAGAUUUAAGACAAGAGGAUUUAAAUAAUUAUCGUAGUGAAAGUCAGACAAGCGAGCUCGUAUUUAAGUUACUGAGCUAGCAAUUUCAAGACUGAAAUAUCUUCGCUACUGGCAGGAAUACAACCGAAAAGAAGCCAUAAUAACCCAGCUUUAAAAGUACGUCAAUUUUAGGAAGGAAAAGAAGUGGCUUGGUUGAAACUUGAAGACAAAUUCAAAUUCAAUAAACAGAACAGGUCUUUUUUGGUGGAUUCUGCUUAAUAAGAUACAAGACGUAAAGCGACAGCAAGGGUUAAAAGCUUCUAACACCACAAGAUUCCUUUAGUUGUUAUAUAUAAAAACAAAUACCAGACAUCUGGUCAGAAAGUGGCAUAUUGGCACGCACAAGUUAAAGUCUUGGUUGUAGCUGCUUCCUUAAACUUCACAAGAAUCGAAACUUGAUCGAAACUGGGUGUACAGAAUACAAAAGCAAGAAAAGUCUUCUGGCUGUGUCUGUUAAGGGAUCAUUAUUGAUCUUAUUGAUAGAAAACUACCACCAAACCGAAUAGUACUGACGCCAACCACAUUAGCGGUGUUUCUCUUCCUCGAAACGAACGCAGUGAUAAACUCUGUCACACGCGACCAAGUGAGACCAAAAUCACAAACGAAGAAUCGAGUUUUGGUGGACGUCAAUCAAAAGGGUUUCUUAAACAUGUCUAAGGAUUUCGACUCCGAAUUUUAAACGUUUAACUGCAAACUAUCAGUAUUGACUUAUCCUAUCUUGAAAAAACUCAAAUCAUAGCCAUAGCGAUAGCUUUGCAAUCAAGCGAUAAGAUUCGGAGCCGGAAUCCUGUGACAUUUUUGAGAAAAUAUAUCCUGAGAGUGAGAAAUUCACAGCGACAAGAAGCAUGAGAUAAGGACAACUAUUUUGCACAUUUGCACGUGUUCACGUUGCUGACUUUUCAUAAGGAGAAGGAUUAAAAUAUCUAUCAUUUAAUCCACGAUGCCCUCAGUAAUGAUUCACAAUUCUACAAGCUCUCACAACCUAACACCAACUACAGAAGACUUUGUACAGCCCAAAAAUGGUUUCAACAUCACCAUAAUGGUGAUGCAAGUAUUGGUCAUAAUCGUCGCACUUCUCGGCAACAUCUUAAUAUGCUCAGCAAUACUCAUUCACGAACGGCUUCGGACUCAUUUUACCAAUUAUUUUAUCUUCUCUCUCUCUUUAAGUGAUAUCAUAACAGCGAUCAUUGUGAUGCCCAUGGACGUUGAUCAAGUGCUGAAGAACUAUAAAUGGACAUACGGAGAAGCUAUGUGUAAUAUAUUCACCGUGGCUUAUCUUAUAGCUGCGCCAUUAUCCAUGCUCAACCUAUUGGCAGUCAGUAUCGAUAGGUAUAACGCCAUAGCUAAUCCGCUGCAUUAUUCGAAUAUCAUGACACCCAAGGUUAUUGUGGCGUCCAUCUUCUCAUUAUGGACCUAUGCGAUCCUCUUUACCGUUAUCGCAAUGGCUGGAUGGCCAAUGUAUCCUUCAAGCGUGUUAUACGGUACUUGUCACUUUAAUAUAAAGCCUGCAUACUCGGUUGUCAGCUCCGUGAUUAACUUCGUCAUACCUACCAUCGUCAUGUGCGUGUUGUAUUUCAAGAUAUAUAAAGUAGCUCAUGCGCAUGCUCGAAGGAUUGGAAGGCAUGAGAAUAUUUCGCACUCGGCUGUCGAGUAUAACUCUGGUACGAAUGGCGGGGGAACUAGUGAACGUCGUAGCAUGAGCAAGAAUAUAAAAGCUGCAAAAACUAUCGCUAUCCUUGUUUCUGCGUUUUUAUUCUGCUGGAUGCCGUACACACUCGUAUCAAGCGCUUCGAUCCUGUGUGGAAGGAAAUGUUACGACAACACACCAGAAGAAGUCAUCACGUUGACUCUACUACUGGCCUACAUGAACAGCGCUCUCAACCCAUUCCUGUAUGCCUUUCAUAAUAGAGACUUUCGUGAAUCGUUCAGGCGUUUACUGAAACUGCAGUUUCAUUACAUUUAAACUUUUGAACUCCAAUUUACUUAAAUUCAGGUAAAAACAGGUACAAUGAUAGGGUUUUCAGUGAGCUAACGACAAAAGUCAGGAAUUCUAGAACAUUUUCGUGGUUGAAGUUCUAAAAAUAGACCUCCUCGGCUCUGACGUAAUGUUUUCCCAUUUCAGACCACGUGUCAUUCCCUAGAGUAUCAUUUCUUUGUUUAAGGUGCGGUUGCACAUGAGAAGACACAUGAAUAUGGAUACAACUUAAACAAAGAAUACUAUUCUCAAGGGAAUGACACGUGGUCUGAAAUGGGACAACACUCGAGGGCUCCAGAGCCGAGGAGGUCUAUUGUUCCAAAAGCCAGAAAAAUGCAAACAAAAAGUUUUAGACAUUUACGGGUUACCUGUGGAAUUCUGCUAGAGAGGCGCUGACUGAGACUAUAUACUGUAUUUUAAUCUGGCUUGGAUUACCUGUUUAUUCUUUGAAGUAGUUAGAAGUGAAUCUAAAUGGAAUGGACGUUUAUCACACGGCAGCCUCGUAAACUCAUCUGAAGCGUUUGAAUGCGAAGCUACGUGGGGGAAAAAUCCAUUGUUCCAGUGAAGAUGGCUCCCGCGUGAGAAAAGUCCAUUUGCUCGAUGAUCUAUGAAAAUUCAGGAAAUUUUCAAACCCUGCGUACGAGCUUGUGGAGGGUAGAAUCAUUUUAUUUUCGUAUUCUCCGUUGCUCAGAAUAAGCCUCGAUUUUUGCUGUGUAGAAUAUUCAUGUGUUCCACUGAAGUCCUUCAAAUUUCUAAGUGUUUGUAUUGUUAAAGUUGUACAUUCUUUACUUUUCCUUUGGUAUUUGUAAAUAUUCUGAUACUGAAAUGAGACUAGUCUCCUCAACAGCCGUUUUUCGCGUUCGAAAUUUCAGGAAAGAUUUCAGACCGAUACAAAAAACGCCUGCAGAGGAGACUCGUGAUCGGUCCUAACCAUGACAAAAUAAGUCUGUAAUCAAGGCACACAUCGGUAUUGUAUGAAUUCGAAAAUGUUGAUAUAGAAGCCAGUAAUGUUGUCCUUAACUUCAUUUCCAUAGUCCAUAGUAUUGCGGGAUCGUUAUACAUUUCCCUUUAAACUCUGCCAGAGAGGUAAAUUUACGAUCAUCGGGAUUUUGACAAAAUUUGUCACUUUUUGUCUUUUAAAAAAAGGUACAAAAUAAAAUUGUUAACUAAAUGAAUUUGGCGCAAUUAAACAUCGUAUCAAUACAAAAUAGAGAUUUCCUUUGAA